AUGCAAUUUAUUGAAAGGGAUCAAUUAUGAAAGGCUUUUUCUACAUUCUAGUAAACUGUUUACUUCGUGCAUUGGUGUAGCUGAGACGUGGUGCGUCAAAAUCUGUUUUCUUGUUCUAUUUGAACGCUGAGGUCAACCCGGACCAUCCAACCAGGAUAGAUCAUGUGUUGAGAGCUCAGCUACACUUACCCCUGCCACUAGCCCCUAGUUUUAAAAUCCUGGAUUUUAUUUUAUUUUCAUUUUAUUUUAGGUCUUCUCACAAAAGUGAAAAUGCGCCAGAAACAAUCACGAUGAGACUUGAUGAAACAACAAACCACGCGCUUCAAAGCGCGUUAAAGAAAGCCGAAACCGGACUUUAUUCAGACCUUAAAAUUACGUGUGGCGAUAAACAGUAUCAAGUCCAUAAGGCUAUUAUCUGCCCAAGGUCUCCUUUCUUCGGAGUCGCCUGCCAAAACCACUUCCGAGAAAGCCAAUCAAACAUUAUCAAUCUUCCGGAAGAUGACCCGGAAGCGGUUGAUUCUAUGAUCUAUUACAUCUACAAUGGCUAUUAUCCCAAAAUAGAUCCAGGAACCCACGGUAUAUCGAAAGACAGAUUGGCAGUCGCCGGCUGGAAGCUAGAGACGUUUGGAGAAUUCACCGGCGGGCUUCAGGUCAAGUUUCUUGUCCUGCAUGCAAAGGUAUAUGCCCUUGCCGAGAAAUACGAGGUGUCAGGACUGAAGGAGAUGGCGCAACGGUGUUUCCAAAUUAUUUCCAAUUGCGGGGGUUCUUGUAGCAAGGAAUUUGCACAGGCUUUUGAGUUUGUAUACACGACAACGAUCGAUUCAGAUAGGGGGUUGCGCGAUGUCGUUGUUCAGGCUCUACAUGACAAUCCUCGAGCGCUUGAUGAAGAGCAUAUUCGGAGAGCGAUGCGUUUGCAGCCGGAUCUGCUGUACGAUCUUGUGUUAUAUGGCCGUGGAAAGGAUAGGAAGAAGGAGAAAGUUAGACGUCCAAGACCAUCGUGGAUGGAUGGGACAGAGGCUAGUUGAAAGGCUCUCCGAAAGCCCCGACUCUGCUAUUGGACUUUUCUUAGAUAAAAUACAUCGUUCAGUACUCCUGCAAUUUCGAUCAUUUCGAUUAUAAUACCACUCAAUUUACC